GCAUGCGCAGAGUGGUGGUAGCCAGUGCGCAUGUGCCUGUGGCAUAUCAACCAAUCAGAGGUCGUUAUAUCUGGACGAGGUCCAGAUGAAGGCAGAUCGACCUGUGUGAGUGGAAGAAGGCUGUGUUGCGGACUCGAGGAGCCUAGGAGUGCUGUCUAACCCAAGAAGCUUCUAGCCAUGUCAAGCAGUGAAAGGAAGGCCACUGCCAGUGUCGGCAGGCACCCAAGUGUGGUCCCAAAUCUCUCUUCAGAUGACAGCCAGAACCCACCAGGUGCAAUCGCUGCAGCCAACAAAGAAGUCCCUGUUGCCGGUAGGGAGGAAACUAUUGCCUCUGGAACAGAAAGGCAACAGGACAGGAAGAAAAAACAGGAUUUGUUCCAAGAAUUAGAAGAGCCGAUUCAGAAAGUUCUCCAGGAAAACAGAGAAAGAUUCUUGAGGAUCAUGGCAUCAUCUUUCCUUGCCAUGGAGGUCAAAGUUAAGGACAUUCUAAAAACCCAGUGUGAACAGAGGCAGAAACUUUAUCAGGACUAUUCUCUUCAGGUUACAAAUUUGAGUAAGAAGCUAACCACGGAUGCAAACCAAGUCAAGAAGCAUGCCGAAAAACUCUGCAAUAUGUUUAUGGAGCAACAGAAGUUUAUUCAUGAAUCUCUCACUCUGCAGAAGAACAGAAUGGAGGAAUUUAAGUCACUGUGUGAAGAAUACUUGGAGAAAUUUGAGGUGCUGAGGGAUUCUCGGGCAAAUUCCAUUGCUGAAGAGCUGAGACAUCUCAUAGCCACCUUGGAAGUAAAACUUCUGAUGAUGCAUAGCCAGCAAGAGACUGCUGCUGCCCCACAGUCUCUCCUGGAUAUGUUAUUCUCGUAAUACUUUGGAGGACAAAAGUCAAUAUGAGCGGAGAAGAAAUAAGCUGGGUAAAGCUACCUGUGGUGUUUGCAGUUUUGGCGACUAGAUCUUCCGUGUUCUCCCCCUGUUCCUGAAGAUGCCUCUUUCUGUUCAAACCCAAAUGUACCCAAGGAUUUGUGUGGCAGCAGUACAAAUACGUCUGUAGGAAGCUCCAACCCCGGGGUAGAAACAACAGGCCUUCCCUGUUAGCAUCGUAAUUAAGGGUUGGCACUCGUUGGCAUUGAUAUAGCGCAUUAUCAUACGUGAGCAUCAUUUUCCCAAACUAGAAGGCACACAAGUGGGCCAUCCUUGUCUUGUCCAGAUAAACAAUUAAAGAAGAUGCAGUCUGUUUUUUACACUCUGCUCUUAAAUGUGUUCAGUGAUGCAGCCUAUGGGACGGACCUUAAGCCUCCAAAGGUAGUGUGCUGUUAAAAAGUAAAUUAGUAGGGUUGGGGUUUUAGCUCAGUGGUAGAGCACUUGCCUAGCAAGCGCAAGGCCCUGGGUUCAGUCCUCAGGUCCCCCCCCCCAAAAAAAGUAAAUUAGUAGAAUUCAUCACACCUCCCGAGAUUGAUGUGAGUAACGUGGUGUGCAUCUGUAGAAAUGUUAUUUGAAGACAACAUUUAUGAGGUCUUCCAGUUAAAUGUGUCUCUGUCCCAUUAAGAGGUGAUUCUUAACUCGAAUAGAGCUUGACUCGCCGUGGUUUAUUAAAUUCCUCACUUGUAUGGAUAGUAGUACCUGACAAUGUUUUGGGUUUUUUUUUUUUUUUGAAAUUUAUUGCGCAUGUAGAGUACUUGAUCAUCAGGGAUAUAUCAGGUCUCCUGUACAGUUAAAUCUCAUGUCCUGUGACUUCCUGUAUGUAUACCCUGGGAGUUCUUUACUUGGCAACAUUUGAUUUAAUAAACAUGAAAUCGUUUC